CGACCUUCAAAUCAAAGAUAAUAAAAGGGAGACAAAUCUUGCAGAAAAGUUAUACAACAAAAUCUGAUUUCCAAUAGGCAUAUCUAACCAUGGCAAAUGUUUUCUUUCGUGUUUUAAAUUCAUCAAAUCCAGUAAAAUUUUCGUUAGUGAAACACCAGUUAUAUAAGGCAGUCCCCAUAGUUACCAGAUUAUCCAGUGGAAUUUAUACUCCUGAUGACACAGAACCACCAAUUCCAGUUUAUCAAGAAAAGUCAGGAGAAACUACAGAAUUAAAGAGAGCAAGAUUACUUUAUCAAAGCAGAAAGAGAGGGAUGACCGAAAAUGGUCUGUUAUUGAGUUCUUUUGCCUCUAAAUAUCUGGAUAAAUUAGAUGAAGAUCAAUUAAUUAUGUAUGAUAGAUUAAUCAAUAAACCUACUAAUGACUGGGAAAUAUAUUACUGGGUAACAGGAGCUAAACCAACUCCUGAUGAAUAUAAUCACCAUGUUAUGGAUAUGUUAAAAGAACAUACUCAAAAUAAAGAUAAAGAUCUUCGUCUUCAUCAACCAGCUCUUUACACAUAAUAAAUGCAUGUGAGGCACCAAACUAUUUAAGGUGUUUUGGACUUAAUAUUUAAACUGUGAGAAACUGUGAAUGUUACUUAGAAAUGUCAAUAAUUGUGACUGAGAAUUUUGUAUGUAAAUGUAAUAUAAAGAUUGUUAUAAGAUGUAAAUAAAUAGUAUAAUAGAUUUA